AUGAUAUUUCACCGGCUACUCGUGAUAUUCGUCGCCGUUCUGCAAGUCUCGCCUUCUUCGAAAUGGAUCCUGGAACUGGGCGACAAUUUCAUCGACGUAAGAAAAGACGGGGGUUAUUGGCUCGUCAAAUUCUACACCCCCUGGUGCGGGCAAUGCAAAAGACUGGAGCCCAUUUGGGCGCACGUCGUGCAAGCCCUUAAAAACACCCACGUCAGAGUCGGAAAAGUCGAUUGUACCAUUUUUCCGAACGUCGGAAAAGCCUUCGAUGUCACCACUUAUCCUACCAUUAAAUUAGUGAAAGCGGACGAUGAUUUCACGUUCGAAGGAGAAAAAACGACGGAAGAAAUCAUCAAUUUCGCGAUCAGAAUGUCCGGGCCGCCGGUGCAGCUGGUCACCCGUCACGAGAGCCUAACGAACAUAAAGAGCAUGAACCAGUUAUUCUUCAUGUACGUGGGCGAGACGGAGGGUUUGCUGUGGAACACCUUCUACGACAUCGCCUCCAAGUUCCAGGCGCACGCCUUUUACUACGCGGCCAGCGAGGAGAUAGCCAGGAAGCACGUGGAUUUGCACAAGUUGCCGGCCGUUUUCGUGCACAAGGAGAACUCCCAUUACGUCUACUCAGUUGCUGAAGGGGACAACGCGAUCGAAGCGGAGCACAUCAACGACACCAUGCACAAGUUCAUAAACGAAGAACGCUUCGAGUCGUUUCCGAAAAUAACCGAGGCGAACAUCAACGAGGUGCUGCGCACCCGGAAGUACAUAGUCAUCGUGGUGGUGGAGGAGAACAAGCUGCUGCAGGUGCCCAAGGAGAUGGUGGAGUUCCGCGACUCAAUCAAAUCGCUGGCAAAGGAGAAGAGGCACGCUUACCACGAUUACUUCCAGUUCGCUUGGACCAACAGCCACGAAUUGGCUAAUAAUAUAGUCAUGCAGAUCGUUCCGUUGCCCUAUUUGAUCGUUUUGAAUUCGACCACUUUGGAGCACCACGUGCCCGAUGAUGAUCCCGUACAAAUGAGCCCGGAUGCCAUCGAGUAUUUCCUGAAGACUAUAUUAGAAGGCACCGCGCCGGUUUAUGGAGGUGAUCAUUUGUCUAUGAGGUUGUAUAGAACUUACUUUAAAGCUAGAACAACGUUGGCGGAUAGGUGGAAGGGAAAUCCGGUACUGACUACAGUACUCUUGGGAUUGCCUUUGGGAUUUUUUACGUUUAUUUUAUAUUCAUGUUGUUGUGCCAAUAUCCUAGACGCUGAUGAAGAUGAGGAAGAAGAUUUGCGGCACGAAAAGAAAGAUUAA